UCUGUUGCCUUCGUUUGUGUACGAUCAUGGGAGAAAGCUGGUUUCGCCAAGAGUUUCGAAACCCCCGACGGCUUAUAUUCAAUGUCCUGUUCUACGGCUUGCAAUUGGCCUUCUUCGCCUAUGGCUGGUGGGCGCAGGAAACAAACAAGAAACUAUCGGCACUGAACGCUCUGACAUGGUCUGUUUGGGCCUCCAGAGGUGCCGGCCUUGUGCUCGCUUUCCUGGCGGGAUGUCUUCUUCUGCCGAUGCUGCGCAAUGUAAUCCGUGUCAUACGUCCCAAGGUGGCUGCCCUCUUCCCCGCCGACGAGAAUAUCUGGUUCCAUAGGCAGGCCGCGUAUUGUUUGGCAUUCUGGUCUAUGGUGCACACCUCUGCUCACUAUGUCAAUUUCUUCAACGUCGAGCGCACCCAGGUUCGCCCGGAGUUCGCUUUGGAUAUCCACUAUACUCAGGCUGGCGGUAUCACCGGGCACUUCAUGCUGCUGAUCAUGGUUCUCAUGUACACCACUGCCCACCACAAGAUCCGGCACCAAUGCUUUGAGGCAUUUUGGUACACCCACCAUCUCGCGUUCUUCUUCUUCAUUGCUCUCUGGACGCAUGCAGAUGGUUGCUUCGUCCGUGACACUGCUGGUCCUGCCUAUACGAAUACUUUUCCCUUCUACAAUCCGGAAGACUGCCUUGGCUAUCAGAGCUGGCGUUUCACGAUCUGGCCCGGCAUCGCAUACUUCGCCGAGAGAGUAUGGAGGGAAAUCAGGGCAAGACGGGCAACCCGCUUGUCAAAGGUCUUGGUGCACCCUAGCGGUGCCAUGGAGCUCCGUAUUGUCAAGCCCAGCUUCAAAUACGUUGCUGGUCAAUGGCUGUUCAUCCAAGUACCUGAGAUAUCUGGUCUGCAAUGGCAUCCGUUUACCAUCACUUCUGCACCGGAAGAUCCUUAUGUCUCCGUGCACAUCCGGCAGGUUGGUGAUUGGACGUAUGCACUUGGCGAUCGCGUCGGUGCAGGCCCUGCGGUAGUGGCUGCCAUGACUAAGGCUGCCAUGCUGGGAGCGGAGAAGGAUGAUUCUAUAUAUGGUACCCGCGGUGAUUAUGUGGAGCUCGAUCUCGCGUCGUCUUCGCGUCCGUUGCCAGAGGUCCGUAUCGAUGGGCCUUACGGUGCCCCGGCUGAAGAUGUUUUCAACGUCGAGGUUGCCGUGUUGAUAGGCGCUGGUAUUGGUGUCACCCCUUUCGCGUCGAUCUUGAAGCAUAUUUGGUACAUGCAAAAGAAGGGGGCUUUGCAAUCUCUGAAGCGUGUGGAGUUCUUCUGGGUCUGUCGUGAUGCUCCGUCCUUCGGCUGGUUCCAGACGCUCCUGCAAGAGGUCGAGGCUGCUCAAGUUGACCCCAACUUCCUACGUAUCAACAUCUACCUUACUCAGAAGAUCAACGAAGACAUGCUCUGGAAUAUUGCCGUCAAUGAUGCGGGUGCCGAGUACGACCCCUUGACUCUCCUGCGCACGCGCACCAUGUUCGGCCGUCCGGACUGGAAGGCGAUCUAUAGCGGCAUGCGGCAGGCGAUCGAAGUUGGACAAUACCUCCCCGGUGUCAACGAGCAGCUGAAGACCACGGUCGGCACCUACUUCUGUGGACCUACUCCACUGGCCACAGCCAUCAAAGAAGCCUGCCUGGCGUCGGCCACUCGCAACAUCAAGUUUACUUUCGCGAAGGAACAUUUCUGAACGCGCCAUUGCCUCGACGGUGAAUCGGCGGAUGUGAAGCAGCAAGCGAAG